AUGAUUAUAAAUUUAUUCCUAUUUGUAUCAAUUUGUUUCAUAACUCACGGUUAUAAAAUUGAGUGGGAUAACUCUGUUAAUGAUAUAGACUUUAAUAGUAUUGAUGAUGUAUUUCUUGGUAGGAUUGACAAACUUAAUUUACCCAAUAGUUUUUUCAUUUAUCCUGGAACUAAAUGGUGUGGAGCUGGCAACAUAGCCGUUAAUGAAAGUGAUCUUGGUACUGAAAAAGAAACUGACAAAUGUUGUAGACAACAUGAUCUAUGUCCGGAUAUUAUCGAAGGAUAUCAAACAAAAUAUAACUUGACAAAUCCCAAUUUUUAUACGCGGUUAAAUUGUGAUUGUGAUGUAACGUUUUAUGAUUGUUUAAAGUCUGUGAAAAGGGAUUCGGCACAACAAAUAGGGCACAUAUAUUUCACGGUUUUAGGAACACAGUGCUUUAAAAACGAAUAUCCAAUCAUUGGUUGUCAAAAAUACACUUAUUUUCCUAAGAAAAAAUGCGUCCAAUACGAAAUAGACGAUACAAAGGAUAAGCAAUAUCAAUGGUUUGAUCUUCAAAAUUUUUGAAACUGC